AUGUACAAUUUCCAUACUAGGUCGGGUUCUGUGAAGUACAAGGACAGGCUGCAUCAGAAAGAAGAUUUGGGGCGGUUCAAUGCUGGAACUAGCAGUCUAUCAGAGGACAACGAUGAGAACUUGAUUGCACAGGUCCCGGAACCGAUAGGGGAAACGAUAGCCAGAGGUCAAGAGACACGGAACAACCAGAGUCGGAAAACCCCCCAGCUGCCUCCCAGAAAACCACCUCCUGUAGAUAUACCGGCUGGUGGUCAAUUGCAGGAGAUAAAUGAGAAGCACGACAACUCAGUUUAUUCAUCAAAGAGAUCAUCGGAAAGGGAGGAGGCGAAAUCGGAACCUUCCAUACAAGAACAAAUAGACUCAAUAAGAAGACUGAAUAAUAACUUAAAGGAGAGCCCAGUUUUACUGGACGAUGAGGACGAUUCAGAGUUGAUCUUCGCUUCCAAGAAAGUUGUGCGACAUCUUACUAAAGCGUACCUAGUUGAGAGAAACUACACAUCAGAAGAAGAGUUCAAAGUACAUCAGUUUUCACUUGGACAGAAAUUUUGGAAAUACCACAUUCUAAGCAUUGGAAAAGAUCGUUUUUAUUUGAGCAGCAUUCCGGAAAUAAAUCAUAUGUGUUGUCGAUAUUCUCCAGGGUUUUUCGUUUCCAUAUCUCGUUUCAGAGAUGAGGAUGGACUACCAGCGUACAGAAUGACAAUCAAAGGAGAAGUCGACAACUUUGGCGAUAGGCUACUUUCAAUCUCAGAGCUUCCUGUAGUGGCCGUAAUUACAAAGAGAGUGAAAACUGGAUUUGAUAUCCAAAUCACAAAAAGUUAUGCAUUAAAAGACCGUUUGGUAAGGUUUAUCGGAGAAGGUGCAAAGGUCAAUGGAGCAACGGAAUCUUUGGACAUACCAGAGCUUAACGCUUUGGAUUCAGAGGAUGUUGGGCUCAAACAAGUUUUGAACAGAUACAAGCUACAUAUGGAAGGAGGAUCGAAACAAUCAUGGAUUGUUAGUCCAAUACUCAGAAAAUCCCGCAAGAUGUCUAAUAAGUUGGGCCUUUCACAGACAGUCUACAAGAUCAAAGGAAAACGCAAUAUUUUCUUCUACAAGAAUUCCAAGAAAGGAGAUGGGAUUUUCAGUGAGGACCCCAAAGAUGUGGUAGGAUUAUUCCGACCGUCCCAAACUAAACUAAAGAAAAAGAUCAUAAAAGGAGCAGCCCAGCUGAAACAUCUGGAACGAAGCUCUUACAUUUCACCCCAAUCAUUGGGCAUACCUGAUGACCCCUCGACCAAUUCAGUUCAACGGUAUUAUCGAGCGGCAGAUGGAUACCUAGAAGAGUUCCCAAAAGAUGACUCACCCAACCACGUUAAACUUGGCUGGAUAACGAUCUACGAGAAUAACUUGUUCAAGACUGCUAACGGCCUUUGGGAGUUAUGUUUGACAAUGACUCUGACAGCAGGACUUGACAGGGUCAUCUCGGGAACUUCGUGA